AUGGCAGCACCUAUGGACGAUAGUACAGCUGAUGCCCCAGCUAUUCCUGUUGGCUUGAAGAAAAUCCUGAUAAAGGAUCGUGAGUUUAUAAAUGUUGCCAACUCAUGGGUCGACAAGGGACUUGUUUCGAGACAGGCCAAUGCUUCUUGGAAUGUAUAUGCCAGGCUGUUCUCCAACUUAGAUGGGAUGGUAGUCGUUGGACAACCAGGUACAGCAUAUGAGAAAUAUCCAUCACACGAAGAGAUCUUUGUAGAAGAAAAAGUACUGAAACAUAAAUAUGUUCCUCUCAUUCCAUUAGCCAAAUUAAUCAUUCGCAUGAUUAUUGCUCACGAUCUUUAUGACAUCCCUGAAUCAAAGGGAAAGGAUCCAAAGAAAAUCGAAUCUUUGGAGAAAAAGUUCAGGGCACUAAAAGCUGCUGUAGGUAGCCUGUAUACCGAGGCAGUCAGUUGGAGGGACAUCUUAUAUACGAAAAAGGUAAAAUUCGUAAACCAGAAAGUAUCAAGUGCCCUUUGGAAUAGGAUUGGUGCAAAAGGAUCUACAAUGGCAGCACCUAUGGACGAUAGUACAGCUGAUGCCCCAGCUAUUCCUGUUGGCUUGAAGAAAAUCCUGAUAAAGGAUCGUGAGUUUCUAAAUGUUGCCAACUCAUGGGUCGACAAAGUUAAGCAGCAGAAAGUAUCAAGUGCCCUUUGGAAUAGGAUUGGUGCAAAAGGGUCUAACUGUCCGUUCUCUGUCAGAACGAAAUUCGGAAAGCAAACGAACAUAGCUGCGCUCUUCAAAAAAACCACAAAAUUAUAUGGAAAAUUGGCAUCCUCAAAAGGAACCAAAUCUAGAGAAAUGAUCGUCACAGCGCAUAAAUUUAAGAAGGCGCUUCAAGGAUGCUUUGCUUCUAGGGCACAAGUUGCCUUAAUUGAUCAUUUAUUCAGCGAUUCUGGCUAUCAAAAGUCAGAAAUUGACGCAAUCUCAAGGUUACAAUCCAGUAUUUUGAAAAUAAAACCAAGAAGGAGCGCUACUUACGAUGUUUGCAAAGUCAAAUAUUCGACCGGUAGGACAGGAAUGUGUGCACUUGAUAUGAUUACCGAACACCCUACUAAGAUAACCAAGGUCUUCGGAUUAAGCAAAGACAUUCUGCCCACUUCGGACAAGUUCUCCAGGCCUAAACUUGGUUAUCUCCAAAAUGGGAAACCUGCUGCAAUAGUCAUUAGUAUGCCGAUACUCUGGUUUACAGUCGCAAUGAAAGGGAGUCCGUCUUACGUAAACGGGGGGUCUUCAG